GUUAACACCAGGGAUACACUUAUUACUUCCUUUUCACCAGAUAACUUAGCUAUAGCUCACGGUAGACCGGGUCUUAUAACGCAGAUAAAUAGGGAAGGAUUAAUAUUCAGACCUUAUGCAGAGUUUAGUGAUUUCUUCGAGGAACCAUUUAAGUCAUCCCACAUUGGGAUAUGGAAAUGCUCACAAGUUAGCCCAUACAAGCUAGAAACUCGUCCGUCAGACAUUACUUGUAAGUGUUUCGGAAUUCGUACAGAUAGGUAUGAAGUUGCGGUGCCUUUGCCUCGUACUUUUCCAUAACCUGCCUAGAUAGUUGUGUCAAUCGUCGGCAUUCCUGCAUUCAAUGGCAAGAGGACUAAUAAGACAGUAAAUUUUGUUUUUAUCAUAUUUAUCAUUUUUUACAGAAAGAAAAAAAGACUUAUGCUGAAGCAGUGGAGGCACAGAAAGUUUGUUUGUCUUCAAAAUACCCUACAACAAAUUUCAUGGAAGCUGUUGUGUCACCGAUAGCCAGGUAACGCAUUCCUUUAAUAUCAUUACUCCUCCAGCAUGUCAACUCAACAAAUGCAAGUGGCAACGUCUUCACAUAUAUCGCAACCAUUUCAGCAGACUACUAAGGAAAACUGUGAUCCAGAUAAUAAACUGGUAAUUGAGUUGCAAUCCCUUGAGGGAGAAUUGCAUUCCUUUCAAGAAUAUAUGAAAUCAGAACUUAAGUCACUUGAAACGUUAGAGGCGCAAUUGUUGUCAAAGGGUGUGACCAUCUUUGGAACCGAGAAAUCGACCAUUGACAAUGGUCAACUGCAAUUCCCGUUGGCAACUGAUGAAGAGAUCACCCUAGCAGCGUUAUUAAAUAUCCGAAAUUUGAAGAAUCAUUCGUAGGUUCACAAUAAACUUUUACUUACUCUCAGAUGAUCAAUCAUUCUACUUGUGUGUAUUAGUCGCAACUAUAACUGUUCAUUACCGAAAUCUUGUAAACUGUUUUCUUUAACCCCCAAAAAAUCAAAUAUAAUUUUUUCAGGUAAAAAA